AUGGAGCAAACCCAAAAAAUUCACAAAAACCUUGAACCCUACACUGAAGAAACUAAGGAUUUGUCCGACCACGAAGGAAAUUUUGAACCUCACUGGAGGAGAUGUGUCCAAGAGAUGAUGAACAGUAUGACAAAAGAGGUCCUGGAAAAGUACUUAGGGAUGCACAAACCAGAGAUUCGUGUGCCUUGCUCUCAAUACUUGGAAUACAGGCUGAUUAAGGUACUUGAAGAUGGAGGAAAGUACCUUGGACAAUGGGAUAAAGAAAUGAAUGAAUGAGAAGGCCAAGGGAUGCUAGUAACACCUAGUGAUGAAGUUUAUCAAGGAUCGUUUUCAAGUGGUGUUCCACAUGGAAAAGGGAUAUAUGUCUUUCCUGAUGAAAGCACUUACCAAGGAGAUGUCAGUAAUGGUGAAUUAAGUGGGAAAGGAGUCUUAAUUCGUAAGGAUGGCAGCCGAUGUGAGGGAGAAUGGUCAAAUGGUAACAUCCAUGGAUUUACUGAACUCACUUUUUCAAAUGGCAAUAAACAGAAAGGCUUCUUCUCAAAUAACAGAAUGCAUGGGUACUGUAAGUUCAUAUCAUCAAACGGUGAUUAUAGAGAAGGAGAGAUGAGUAAUGAUAGCCUUCAUGGGUAUGGAUACGAAAUUUUACAUUCAGGAGACCAAUAUUUUGGAGGUUAUUGGAGUGGCAUGAAGCAUGGGAAAGGUACUGCUAUCAAGCCAGAUGGCCAAAUGUGAGAAGGCGAAUGGAACUGAGACGAGCCUUCAAGAGGCACCUUCACAGACUCCAAAGGAAGAGAGCACAAAUUUAAUGAAGAAAAUAAUGAAGAUAUAUUUAAGAGAUUCUUUAGCUAAUGCUAUGUUUUAAGCCAAAAAUGCUAUUAACAGGGUCGGGAUACCUAAUUUAACA